CCAAUGUAUCAAUGAACUGCUAAUUAUUAUUUUUGACAUUGAAGUUUGUGAUUUGGUUAAAUUUGUAUGGGAGAAGCUGAAAAAAUACUUUAGACAAAUAGUAUCUACGAUUACUAUUAUUUGAUUGUUAUAUUAUUGUUAAUAUAAUGGAGUUAGAGGAGCUGUAUAAGCCACUGGAAAGGCCAGCAAAUUAUUCAGGAGAAAAUAGUCGUUUUCCACCAGUGAUAGAUUCUGAAAGUGAGGAUGGAGAAGUGUUCUCUAGUACAGACUCAGAUUCUGAUGCUCCUGUUAAAGUGAAAAAACCAAAAAUUCCCAUCAGACCCAAGAAAGAGAAUAAACUAAAGCAGAAAAAGUAUAAUGUUUGGAGUACCAGAAUUCAUGAGGAUUUGUUGUCAGAUACACUUAAUAGUUGUGCUGUGAGCUACCGUGACAGAUCUAGAAAUGUAGAAUCCUAUGACUACACAUUAAGUGCUUCAUACAGGGACAAUAAAGAAAGAAAUAAGAAGGAUGUUGAGAAUGUGAAGGAAAGGAAGAAUAAUAAAAGAACCAGAAGUGAUGUCAACAAUCAAAAUAUACGCUCUGUGGGAAGGAAAGAGAAGCAGAGGAAAAAUAAAAUACAGCCUAGACAUUUGCCAAACCUUAAUUCAAUGGACUGCAGUGAUGAAGAAUUUGCAACAGACUUGGCAAACAAGUUGUGCGAAGAAAAGGAAUCUCUCAUAUUGACUAUUGUUAAAGUUGCUGGUAAGGAGAAGACUAACAGAAUUUUCAAAGAGACUCAGAGAAUAGAGAGGGAAGGAGGAAUGUUCAUAUUAAACAAUACCCGUAGGAGAACAUCAGGUGGAGUCUUUCUCCUUUUGGUUAAACAUGACAAUGAAUUAACCAAAGAUCAACUGAAUAUUAUAUUUGAAGAGGAUAGACUUAAAGCCAAAGAGGAAUUGAAGAUGAAGAAAAAAAAUAAAUUUGAUAAAAUGAAGAACAAAAUAACAGCUGAAACUAAUCUCCCUGAAUUACUAUCAAGGGCAGAGAGUUUCAGCAAGUUUAAUAAAAACAAAUGGGCAGAGAGUGAUCAAGAUGAUGUUGUGAAUCCUCCACCGACGCCUGAAACUGAUGGCCAUGCUGACAGUGGUGAUGGCAUGGAUAUUCCAAAUGUUGAUGGGAGAAAAUUAGACUCCUACGAUGAUGACUUCUUGGAUGUCAAUGCUGGCAAUGACAUGGAUUUAUUUUAAGGGAAAUCCAAUAA